AUGGCUGCCCGUAUCUAUCAAGCGAAGGCCAUCAUCGGUAUUGACAUUCACAAGCAACGGUUAGAAGUUGCCAGGAAUUUAGGAGCAACACACACGCUAGAUGCUUCCGGCGACGCACUUACCGAUGCUUCCGGCGACGCACUUACCGACCAAUUCAGAGCACUAUGCGGUGAUCAAGGCCUCAUGUUUGCUGUUGAUACAACAGGUAUCCCAGCUGUUAUCGAGACGAUGAUUGCUUCUCUAGGAAUUCGAGGCCGAGCAGUUACAAUUGGAGCUCCGAAGUUAGGAAGCACAGUCAAAGUAGAUGUCCUCUCGCAUCUGGUAAUGGGUCGGGUAUACAUGGGAAGCAGCCAAGGGGAUUCCAAUCCAACAGAGAUGAUUCCACGUUUGAUCGAACAUCACCUCGCAGGAAGGCUCCCCAUCGAACAAUUUGUGACUACUUAUAACGCGGAGAAUUUCAAAGAAGCAAUUGAAGAUAUGCGAUCAGGUAAGGUAAUUAAGCCUGUGCUUUUGUGGCGGAAAACAGGAUGA